AUGACAACUAAUAAAUGCCUACAAAUGACUAAAAAUACGGUUUGGUUUUGUGAAAAUGGUAAUUUUCUUGCUUAUAAUCGCGCAAAGGACGGUACUAUUAAAAAACAUAAAAAAAUUGUGGGAGAUAAUUACACUUUUAUUAAAUCUAUUGCUCAUUGCGAUGAUUAUAUUAUAAGUGGCGACGUAGAUGGUAUUAUUAAGCACUGGAAAAUUGAAUCACAAAAGGAUAUAAGAAAUGAUCUUAAAUAUUCAGUAAUACAUGAUGUAGAUGAAAAAAUUGAUUUCAUAGACGCAACAUCACAACACAUUAUAAUUGGUUCUUCCAAUUUAAUAAAGAUACUGAAAUAUACAGACGAUAAAAAUGGUUGUACGGAAGAAAAGCAAAUAUUUUGUGGAGUCGACGUGGAACAACCUGAAGACUAUUGUUUUGACAACCAAAUUUAUAUAAACUCAAUCUCAUUUGACCCUAUAGGAACAAAAUUUGCUGCUAGUUUCUAUGAUUAUAAUCAAUCAUCAACGUCGUUUCUAAUUUACGAUAUUGAAAAAAAUUAUCAUGUAAUGGAUAAAAAAUUUGGAGGUACUUGUCGGCAACUACUAUGGGAGGAUCCUCAAACUAUUCUCAUGUGUUUUGAGCAUUUUAUUAAAAAAAUGGACAUGAGAACAUCCGAAGUUGUACGUACAUGGGAUUCUUCAAAAUAUGGCUUAUCAUUGUGUUGCUCAUCAGAUAAACGGUACACUUUUGUAACGGGAUAUAUUAAGAUUGUUCUAUGGGAUCAGAGACAAAGUGAUGCCAUUCAAACGUAUACUAUGGACAAAUAUAGAGGAGGUAUAUGUGCUUUAGAAUUUGAUAACACUCAUAUUUAUGUUCGUAAAGGCUCUAAUCUUUAUGAAUUAGAUUUUACGGAAAGACACCACUUUGAUCACAAAGAAAUAAAAAAGUUAUUUGGUAAUUUUUAUUAAAUAAAGCAAAAUCGGUUUAAAAUUUUUUUAUUAUAUUUUAUAUGUUUACAUCAUUUUAAUGAAAUCUAUACAAAUUGAGAACCGCCGUGCUGCUCAAGAUGCGAUCAGUCAAAAAGAUCAUUCGAUUUGUUUUAUCUCUUUUUGUUGUACACUCUCUUCACUGAAUUUUAUACAUGUAUAUAUUCAUGUAUACUCUACACAUAUGUAUAUAAAAAAUGGAGGCUUUCCAACAGCCUAUAAAUAAAGAGACAAAACAAUCCCAUUGUUUUUCUCUGUUUUUUUCUUAUGCCACACUUAUAUGAAAAAACUUGUAUCAGACGAGCCUGCAUGCAACUUGUUGCAGCA